AGUUUUGAAUCAACGAAGCAAAUUUCAAUUUUUUAGUUUUUUUUAUUAAAUACUCAAAAUAUUUCAAUUCAUACAUCAAUUACUAUUACUAAUUAAGUUCGACAGCUAUGGCAGAUGAAGAGGAAUCCAAAGAGUAUCGCUGGGAAACUGGCUACGAGAAAACAUGGGAAGCAAUAAAGGAAGACGACGAUGGCCUGGUGGAGGGAUCUGUGGCUGAAAUUAUUCAAAAGGCCAAACGUAAACGGCAAGCGAUGAAAAAGGGCUACAGUAAACUAGGAAUGAUGCGACAUUUAUAUAUCAUACUGGAUUGUUCGGAAGCCAUGACCGUUCCGGAUCUUAAACCCACUCGGUUUAUCUGUUCGCUUAAAUUGUUGGAAAUAUUCAUUGAAGAAUUUUUCGAUCAAAAUCCAAUUUCCCAGUUAGGGUUGAUUGCGUUGAAGGCAAAACGAGCAGAGAAAAUUACGGAGUUAGCCGGUAGUUGCCGGAAGCACAUCAAAGCGGUUAGUAAUUUGAGUAAAAUCAGUUUAAUUGGAGAGCCUUCGUUACAAAACGGAUUGGACUUGGCAUUGAAAACAUUGAAGAUGGUGCCAUCCCACGCAAGUCGAGAAGUUCUGAUCAUUAUGGGUAGCUUAACUACAUGUGAUCCAACGGACAUUCACAUCACCAUCGAUGCUUUGAAGGCAGAAGGAAUCCGUUGUUCGGUGGUAAGCCUUUCUGCAGAAAUCCGCGUGUGUAAGUUUCUCUGCACGGAAACCGGAGGAGUAUAUGCAGCUGUACUGGAUGAUUCUCAUUUUAAGGACCAGUUACUGCAACAUAUAGACCCGCCACAAGCUGGAAAUCAACAAGAAUGCUCCAUGAUUAAAAUGGGAUUUCCUCACGGAAAGACGGAAGAAAGCAAGGAUCCACUGUUGACUAUGUGCAUGUGUCACAUAGACAGUACAGACGAACCGGCAAAGCUAACAUCUGGUGGCUAUCAUUGUCCGCAGUGCUACAGCAAAUAUUGCGAACUUCCGGUCGAAUGUGCUUCCUGUGGGUUGACUCUCGCUUCAGCCCCACACUUGGCACGAUCGUAUCAUCACCUGUUUCCAGUGCCCGCCUUUCACGAGCUGAUGUACGGACAGCAAACUGCCAGUAUGUGCUAUGGUUGUCGAAAGCUGUUCACUGAAUCUGCUGAUAAAACCGUUUAUCAGUGCAAAUCAUGCGCUCAGAUGUUUUGCAUCGAUUGUGACAUAUUCAUUCACGAAACGAUGCAUUCUUGUGUAGGAUGUACGACCAUACCGGCUUCUGUGCAAGCUCUACAUGCCCGAAAGCCAGUAGCACCACCGCAUAGCUUAUCGUUAAUUUAAAGCACGCACAUUAAAGAUUAUAAGAUUGGUCGGCAAUAAAAAAAAUUUAAAAAAUGUUACUUUUUUCAAUUUUAUUAGCCAAUU